CUUGUUUACGCGGUUCGGACCCGGACCCGCUGAUCCGUAAUCGCGUGGUAUAAAAUCACCGGCGGCGCCCGCGUCGGUGAUGCGGCUUCUCUCCGGCGUCCUGGGCUCCGCGUCUGCCGCGUUCGCCCGCUUCGGAUUCUCGCGCGUAUCCUUCGAUCGAGCGAACCCCAGAACCAUGACGGCUCCCUCUCCCGCUUGUAAAGCCGCCGCAUCUUCGUCCGCCACUGCCGGCGCCGGCGCCGCCCAGAAGCCGUGGCUCUUCGUCGGUUUGGGGAACCCCGGAAGGAUGUACAAAGGGACUCGGCACAACGUUGGAUUUGAGAUGAUUGAUGCUAUCGCAGAAGCUGAGGGCAUUUCUGUCAGCAGUAAGCAAUUUAAGGCGAUCGUUGGGAAAGGCCUCAUUGGUGAUGUCCCCAUAAUGCUUGCCAAGCCACAAACUUUUAUGAAUGCAAGUGGUGAGUCUGUUGGGCAACUGGUUUCAUAUUUCAAGAUACCACUCAAUCAAUUAGUUGUGAUCUAUGAUGAUCUAGAUUUGCCCUUUGCGAAAUUGCGUCUGCUGCCAAAGGGGGGCCAUGGUGGACAUAAUGGGAUGAGGAGUAUUAUCGACCAUUUGAAACAGAGCCAUGAUUUUCCACGUCUAAGAAUUGGCAUUGGACGGCCACAUGGGGAGAUGGGCGUUAUCAGUUUUGUUCUACGCUCAUUCAACAAGCAAGAACAAGAAGAGCUUGAUUUCACGUUACGCAGGGGCUUGCAGGCAGUAAGGAUCAUUGUACAGGAAGGAUUCAACAAGGGUGCAACAUUUGUGAACACGCCGCAGCCAUCAGAAAUGUUGAAUAGAUGAAAAUUAUUGUAUUCAGACACGUAUAGAUUCGCACAAUUGCGCAAAGCACAGGGCCAUUGCCCGUGCAGAUAUGUACUACCCUGGUCGGUCUGUAGAGUUUCUCAUUUGAUCACAUCAUCACGCAGCAAACGUGUAAGGUGGAUUCGCAUGAUUGUCUUCAAGUCAUGCGAUUCCUUUGGAUCCCUGCCUUUUUGUUUGUUCUGCGAUAACUUGAUAGGCGUACUACUCAGAUCAUUUUGUUGAGUUCAUUUGAUCACAACCAUCGCACAGCAAAUGUUUUAAAUUGGAUUCAGAUGAUUGUUUCCAA